UGAACCGGGCCAGAGCAGUCCUCUCUCUCUCUCUCUCUUCUCUCUUCAUCUUCUUCACUGGCAUGCCCAUCCAGACUGUCUUUCUGUCUGCCCAUCUGUCUCUACGUUUUCUUUCAUUUAUUUAAUCCCAUCUGCACAGAUUUCCCCCGGUUUUUAUAUACCCCACAAACCAACCAGUAAUCCCACUCUAUGAAUCUCGGCUCUCUCUCUCUCUCUCUUUCUGCUUCUCAAGCUCCUCGCAACCCAUCCUCCUUUCGUUCGUGACCGUCGUCUUCUGAGAGCUGGGGCUGUUAAUUUUGCAGAGAGAUCAAGUGGGGAAGAUUGAGACUGUGAAGAUGAGUACUGAGUUGGUGGUGGAGAAGAAGGGAGGACAGGGGCAGCAGUUUGGAGACACGACGCUGACGAAGGUUUUCGUGGGAGGGCUUGCAUGGGAGACGCAGAAGGAAGCCAUGAGGUCGCAUUUCGAGCAGUUCGGCGAGAUACUUGAGGCCGUCAUCAUCUCCGACAAGGUCACCGGCAGAUCCAAGGGCUACGGCUUCGUGACUUUCAAGGACCCCGAAGCGGCUAAGAAGGCCUGCGAAGAUGCGACGCCUGUGAUCAAUGGCCGCAGGGCCAACUGCAACCUCGCCUCCCUUGGUGCGCGCCGAUCUCGUGCGCCCACUCCCCAGCCAGAUGUGGGUGUUGAAGGGCCUACCAACAACAAUACCAGCAACAACACUGGAACGAGGACCCUGGCAACAGCACCAACCGGCGGGGCGGUCCAGUGGUAUUACCCAACGGGCGCUGCCGCUGCUCCCUUUCACCACCACCAAGCUGUUCCCUUCCAUGCUUAUGGGUAUUCCCCUGCUUAUUAUACUGAUCCAACAUAUAACCCGAAAUUGGGGUAUGGUGGAUCUUAUGUUACUGGGCAGUAUCCACAGUUCUACCACGCUCAAGGGAUGAUGAGUCCAAGCACAGUGCUUCCUGUGUACCCUUAUUUCCAUUUCCAUCAGUCACAGACCAUGGGUCUCCCUGCCCAACUCUUCCCUCAAAACACUGCUACUGCUGCUGUUGCCCCUGCUGCUAACAUGCCUGGCUAUAUCUCUAAGCCCCCUCCCUUGGCCUCCAAUACAGUUUAUUUGACAAUGCAACAGGCAUGACAGUGCAGCAGAAGGUUUCAGUAAGGGAAGCAUAGAGAGGACAGUUGGCCCAGUCGCAGCAAUUGGAAGAGAAAUUUUUACUCGAUAUUCUGGGACCUUUUUCCUGUUUCCUUCUUUUUUGCCAUCUUCAUAGCUUGAUUGCAUUCAUUCAUUGUCUAACCAAGGGAGCAUCUUGGAGAUGCAAAAGAAAGAUCUGUAACUGAACAGGCCACUGCCCGUUUACCAAUGUAUUUUAUGGUAAACUUCAAUUUGGCUUCUUCCUCCUGAAAAAACAAAGAGAAAAAUUGUUCAUGGAAAUGUGGACGUCUAGUUCAUAAUAUUGUUCAUCA